AUGGCCUCCUCCAAGUCCCUGGCCCGCUUCUGGGAGUGGGGCAGAAACAUCGUCUGCGUGGGGCGCAACUACGCGGAGCACGCCAAGGAGAUGGGCAGCGCGCUGCCCCGGGAGCCCCUCUUCUUCCUCAAGCCUUCCUCGGCCUACGUGCGCGAAGGCUCGCCCAUCCUGCGGCCCUACUACUGCAGCAACCUGCACCACGAAGUGGAGCUGGGGGUGGUGAUCGGGAAGAGAGCCCAGGCCGUGUCCCAGGAGGCCGCCAUGGAGCACGUGGCAGGCUAUGCCCUGUGCUUGGACAUGACCGCCAGGGACACGCAGGAAGAGUGCAAAAAGAAGGGUCUGCCCUGGACCUUGGCCAAGGGUUUCAGUACAUCGUGCCCUGUCAGUGACUUCGUGCCCAAGGACAGGAUCCCAGACCCUCACCAGCUGAAGAUCUGGCUCAAGGUGAAUGGAAAGCUGAGGCAGGAGGGGGAGACCUCCUCUAUGAUCUUCUCCAUCCCCUACCUGAUCAGUUACAUCAGUGAAAUUGUCACCCUGGAAGAAGGAGACUUGAUUCUGACAGGGUCUCCCAAAGGAGUUGGGUCCCUGCAGGUAAACGAUGAGAUAGAGGCUGGGAUAAGCGACAUCCUGUCCAUGCGGUUUAAGGUGGCACAGCAAACACGUCGAUCCUAGCCGAGAGCCUGGCUGUGACCCUGCUCUGCACAGGAAGAGGCGCUUUUGGAAAUGG